CGUGAGAGAAGGCCUACACCAUCGAUCACGGUGAGAACUCUACACUACACAUUUAAAGUUACGAUCACGUUGACGUAGUGAUCGUUGUCGUAGUCAUUAAAAGUGAUAAUAUACCUGCAUACAACAAUAACAACGGAUAUAUAAUAUUAUACAAUAUGGAUACUACCAAAUCAGCCAGGAAUGUAUACAGCAUCGAUCAAAUUCUCGGAACUACUCAUCCAUCUAAAAUCGAAAAUACGAGUGUUCAUUGCCAAUCGAAAUUGGACGCAUUAUAUGCUGCUAGUGGAACCGAUCCAUCACUACAUCGGUCCGACGAACACGAUGACGAUAAACCACGAAAAGUUCGCCGUAGUAGAACAACAUUUACCACAUAUCAAUUACAUCAAUUAGAAAGAGCUUUCGAAAAAACACAAUAUCCUGAUGUAUUUACCAGAGAAGAACUCGCCCUUCGAUUGGAUCUCAGUGAAGCCAGAGUGCAGGUAUGGUUUCAAAACCGUAGAGCUAAAUGGAGAAAACGAGAAAAAUCAAUGGGCAGAGAAUCAAAUCCAUACAUACCUGACCACACGUUGUUCAGAAACGAUUGUUUGCCCGUGGCACCCACACUAGGAGGUCCACUGCCGUUCCUCACACCCGAACAGUUCUGGCCGAGCAUCGUGUUCAACCCGGCGGCCGCAUCCGCAUUCCUGCUCGGUCUGCCAUGGCACCAUCAUCACGCCGCCCAGCCGUCGGCCACUGCGGCGGCCGCGUCGUACCAGUCGUCCGUGCAUAAGGCGCUGUCCGAGCGGAUCAUCACCGCCAACCAGUGGCCGACCGCCGCGCUACAGACGUCGUCCUCCGAACCGCACAGCCCGUCGUCCGCGGGCUCGUCUAGCCCCGCUGCGCUAUCGCCCGCUCACGAGCCGUCGGUGGACGCGGCCACAGUCGCCGUCUCCGCCGAACACCGAUCGCCCUACCUGAACGACGACGGCGACGACGACCACGACAUUGACGACGACGACGACGACAACAACGACGAAUCCGGCAGGUGCUCGCCGCCCGUUUUGAUGAAAAACGUUUCCUGUUAGUAUUUGAGGCCACGGCGGUAUAUAAUUAUACAUAUAUUAUUUUACCGGCAAAUAUGAGCCAACCGCUUUAUAUAUAGUUAUUAUUUCGCUUCAAGCUCCCCCCCCCCCAGUCAUCAUCGACCAUCGUCCCCCCCAACUUGACGUAUUAUUGUUUUUUUAUAUAACGUGAUUUUAAGAUUUAUUACCUAAGAUUUAUGUAAUAUACAAUUAUUGUCGAUUAGAGUUUAAAUAAAAGAAAAAAUGAUUUUACUGAGGUUAUUCUGUAAAUGCCUUUACUGUUAUUACCAUUAUACUAUGUACGAUAAUAGCACUACAUUUUUGUUAAAGAUUUUUUUUUUACCACUUUUUAUAACUACAAACUAUAUAACAAUAUAACAACCUGCAAUACAUUUCUGGGAACGUAUAGGCAUACCUACACACAGAAACCGAUUAUUGAACUGUAAAUUGUAAUAUUAUAUACUUGGUAUAUACAUAGUAUUAAUAUUAUUAUAUAUAAAUAAUGUACC